AUGGAUGAACAUAUUUUUAAAGUUAAGGCAGCUGAACAUGAAUCUACAGCUAGAAUAUUCCGUACAGCUUAUUCAAUUGCUAAAUAUCAACGUCCCUAUACAGACUUGCCAAAAAUGACUGAUCUUCAAAUAUUAAAUGGGCUUGACAUGGGAAGAGUACUUCAAAUUGAUGAGUCUACUACAUUAAGCAAAAAGUCUAUGCUAGUGAUAUGUUUGCGUUGUGCUGUUGGUGAACCUGAUGAUAUAUAUACAUUUUUAUUUGAUAUAGUAGAAAUACCUAAUGCUUCAGCUAUUACUAUAAAAGAAUACAUAUUAAAGUCAUUAGUCAAAUUUGGUAUAAAUUAUGAGUUUUUGAAGAAAAAUCUUAUUUCCUUUGUUAGUGAUGGUGCUUCUAACAUGUUGGGACGUAAAGCAGGUGUUGGUGUGUUAUUACAAAAAAUGUUUCCUAAUAUUAUACUGUGGCACUGCUGUAAUCAUCGCCUGGAACUAGGAGUGUCUGAUUGUCUUAAAGAAGUAAAUGGAGUUAAUCAUUUUCAAUCAUUUAUAGAAAAUUUAUAUUCAUUAUAUCACAUGUCACCAAAAAAUACAACUGAAUUAAAAGAGUGUGCUAAUUUUCUAGAUAAACAAUUACUAAGAAUUGGUAAAAUAUUUACAAUUCGUUGGGUUGCGUCUAGUAAUCAAACUAUAAAGGCAGUUUGGAAUAAUUAUGAAUCACUUUAUCUACAUUUUUCUAAUGCAAUGAUAGAUGACCAAAGAUCUUCAAAAGAAAAAUCAAAAUAUAUUGGUUUAAGAAAUACAUUAAAACCUAUUGAGUUUGUUCAUAAUCUAGGUAUUCUUUAUGAUGGUCUUACAGAAUUAUCAGACUUAUCUAUUGAACUUCAAAAGAGAGAUCAAUCAUUUGUAAUUGCUCAUAAAUCUAUUGAGCGAACAAUUAGAGUUUUAAAUUCUAUGGCUAAUACAAAUGGACCAAGAAAUGAAGAAGUAAGUAAUGCAUGUAAAAUACAAAUGUUUAAAGGUAUUAUACUUGAACAUAAAAGUUCUGUGAUUAAAAUUAAUGCAGCUCAAUUUUUUACAAGUUUAGCUAAUAAUUUAAAACAAAGACUGUUUACAACACAAUCAACUAAAGUGUCAUCUGUAGAGAGUAAUGAUCCACCGAGAGAAAUAUUUAAUAAUUUGUUAGCGGAUUUAGAUAUGAUUUCUCCAAAUAAUUGGCCUAAUAGUUGUGACAUUCAGUAUGGUGAUACAAGCAUACGACGUUUAUCAAACAUUUUUAAAGUAGAUGAACAAGCUAGUGUACGAGGCUUUCGUGAAUAUAAAGAUUUUCCUUCUUCAUUAAAUGAUAACAUUAAACCACUUAUGAAUGCAGUCAAAACUUUGGCCAUUUCUUCGGCAGAAUGUGAACGAUCAUUCAGUUCAAUGAAUGAAAUUGUUUCCUCCAAAAGAAGUUUACUGACAAGUGACCACAUAUCAUCAUUGGCUUUUAUAAAUUGCACAGGUCCACCUGUCAAUAAUUUUAAACCAUUGCCAUACAUAAAAACUUGGCUAGCAUCUGGAAAAAGAAGUGCUAUCGAAGAAAAUUGCCCUAAAAGAUUAAAAGUUAAUGAUACAACAUAUAAAUCCAUUUGGUCAUGCUUGGAAAAAUGA